GUAUGUGCCAACUGCUAUACUUGCUGGGCCUACCAUUUUUGUCCAUUUAUGAUGACACUUUUUUAUAUACUUCAUUUCCACAAAUUUUCUGGAGUCUGAUGCUAGGAUUUGGGAUGGGAAAAUAUUAAAUAUGUGUAUAUUCUAGUCAGAAACUGACAAGCAAGAAGACUACAAACUAAAUCAUCAUCUAUGAUUUUGGAGUGUCAGAGAAAAAUGAUGCACUGUUUUUAAUAGCUGGUUGAAAUCUUCUGCAGUGAGCUGUUUAUACUGAUUGGAUCCCAGCUAAUCAAUCUAUAUUUAAAAGAAGCCACUAAUUAUACAGGUAAAAGUUACCAUAGUUAGCACAUUAGUACCCCAUCGAUAGCAGUGGUUGCACAACAUGUAAGCAAGCACAAUCUGUUUAGUUCAAAUAAUUUAGCCAAAGUAAAUCUUGUGUUUCAAAUGUUAGUAGAGUGCAUGGACGAGAUCUUCAAAUGGUGAGCCCAUAUUCAAACGAAAGCUAUUCAGUUCUGAAAUUUGUCAAAAGCCGUGAAAACCAGUCUACAAUAACAAAGAUCUGAAAACUGAUACAGCUGUAUUAUGGUGUGGGUUUAUUUUUUAACGCAUAUAUAGAUUAUUCCUUGUUCUUUUAUCCACUGCCAAUCCAAAAGAGCCUCUAAAUUUAUGCACCUUUAAAAGUGGCCCUGUAUUGCCCACGAGUGCUUUUGUUUGAUCAGGUUUGUCCUGAACCUAGCCGACAGUUGAAUCGUUCUUGAGACCCGUUCUUGAGACCCGUUCUCUCGAGGGACAACUCGAGGGACGACUCGGGGUUUGAGACUGUUUGGACAGCGGUUGUGCGAUUCCACACAUACGCAGUACUUUCUCUCUAGAGAAAGGCGGUAAAUAUGGAGGAAGGAAGGGAAAGAGAGAUAAACCAGUAAAUUUAAAUAUAUUUUAAAACUAACACUACUCUUUGGCUAAAAGUACCUUUGCCUCUCCUUUAAUUAUCUCCAAAUCAUUAAGUAGGAUUUAUUUCUCGAAAAUCUCAAGAAAAAAAUCAAUUUAUCUCGACAAUGAAGGAGGUGCGGAUAUUGCUUGUGGGCGAUCCACAAGUCGGGAAAACAUCUCUGAUUCUGUCUCUAGUCAGUGAGGAAUUUCCUGAAGAGGUCCCCACCAGAGCUGAGGAAAUAACAAUUCCAGCUGAUGUGACUCCAGAGAAGGUUCCUACUCACAUUGUGGAUUAUUGUGCCUUGGAGCAGUCUGAAGACAUGCUUAUUGAUGAGAUUGUAAAGGCAAAUGUAGUUUGUGUUGUAUACGAUGUUACAGCAGAGGAAUCUCUUGAAAGAAUAACAUCUUUCUGGUUACCACUCAUAAGGCAGACUGCAGAGGAAGAGACUUUGAAACCUGUUAUUAUUGUUGGUAACAAGUCUGAUCUCAUGGAUGGAAGUACAAUGGAUACUGUCUUACCAAUAAUGAAUGACUACACUGAAGUGGAAACAUGUGUAGAAUGCUCAGCGAAGGACCUGAAAAAUAUAUCUGAGAUGUUUUAUUAUGCACAGAAGGCAGUCCUUCACCCAACAGCUCCUCUUUUUUCUGCUGAAAGUAAAGAGUUAAAGCCAUUAUGCCAGGCUGCACUUACAAGAAUAUUUAAGAUAUCAGACACAGAUAAUGAUGGCUUAUUGAAUGAUAAAGAACUAAAUGAGUUUCAAAACCGAUGCUUCAACACCCCAUUACAAGGUCAAGGACUACAGGAUGUUAAGAAUGUUGUAAGAAAGAAUGUUGAAGGUGGAUUGCGUGAUGGUGGACUCACAUUACAAGGUUUCUUAUUUCUACAUGCACUGUUCAUCCAGAGAGGAAGACAUGAGACAACAUGGACUGUCCUAAGAAAGUUUGGAUAUGGAGACGAUCUCAAGCUCAGAGCUGAAUAUUUAUGUCCAGCGAUCGACAUGGGAACAGACCAGACAGCAGAAUUAUCAGAUGCAGGAUAUCAGUUUCUUAUUGACCUUUUCAACAGGCACGACAAGGAUGAAGAUGAAGCGCUGAGUCCAGAAGAACUACAGGAGUUGUUUGCUAUUUGUCCCACAAUGCCAUGGGGUGAAGAUGUUCUUAGUUCUGUGGAGACUAACAGCAAUGGAUGGAUAACUCUUCAAGGAUUUCUAGCUCAGUGGACACUAACAACAUUCCUGGAUUACACAAGGAUGUUAGCAUAUUUGGCAAUGUUUGGUUACAUUCAUCAGGAAAAUGAAACUCCACUCUCAACUGCAAUAACAGUUACCCGCAGUAAAGUUGUUGAUAUGCAGAAGAAACAGACUUCCCGUUCUGUAUUCCAGUGUUAUGUGUUUGGGCCGCCUGGUGUAGGAAAAACAGCUUUUCUUCAAGCCUUUUUAGGACGAACUCAAGAGCCUGGUGAAGCGGAACAGGAAUUAUCAAGUUAUGCCAUAAAUCUUCUAGAAGUUAACAGACAAGAAAAAUACUUAGUGGUAAGUGACUGUAGCAUCUUUACCCGCAGUAAAGUUGUUGAUAUGCAGAAGAAACAGACUUCCCGUUCUGUAUUCCAGUGUUAUGUGUUUGGGCCGCCUGGUGUAGGAAAGACAGCAUUUCUUCAAGCCUUUUUAGGACGAACUCAAGAGCCUGGUGAAGCGGAACAGGAAUUAUCAAGUUAUGCCAUAAAUCUUCUAGAAGUUAACAGACAAGAAAAAUACUUAGUGUUACGUGAAAUCGAAUGGGAGAAUUCUGGGUUGUUGUUACACGACAGGCGGUGUGAUGUAGCGUGUUUUAUUUAUGAUUCAACGGAUACUGCUUCUUUUACUCAAGUGAUACAACUACGAGAGAAACUUCCCAAGACUGUCCCAUGUAUGUUAGUGGCGGGAAAAAGCGAAGGAGUUCCAGCAAAACAGGAUUUUGAAAUGCAGCCGUCUUUGUACUGCACGUUAAAUAAACUACCACCUCCUCAGGUAUGUGGAUUUGUAAUUGAUACAUUUACUUUACAAACACCAUUUUCUUACUCUUGUGGUGUCAUAAGUCCUCGUUAUGACUUGAAAGUUCACGACAUAGAACAAUGGGCAAGCAAUCUUUUGCCAUCAAGACAGUUUGGACACCUUUGCGGCCCCAAUGCAGACAGUGUGACGUCAUACUGGAUCGUUGCCGGCUUAGUUGCCGCUGCCAUAGCAACAGCCGGUGUUUUCGUGUUCAGAUACUUGAGAAAGGGAGGUUCAACCACGUGA